UUGGGUUGCCGUACGUAGCUGAGGACCAAUCGGGUAGCCGUCCAUGGUAAGGUGGAGAGAAAGAAGAAGGCACGCAGAAGUGGACGGUCACGAAUCAAGAUGACGACUUCAUGGAGCGACCGUCUGCAGAACCACGCUGAGCUCCCUGCCAACAUGGACGGUGUGGCCAUGAAGAAGUACCGCCGGGAAGCUCACCAAAGCUUUCCAAGGGAUCAGACUCAAACCCAUCCUGCAACAAGAGUGUUUGUCAAUCGAAGCUUGGCCAUGGAGAAGAUCAAGUGCUUUGGGUUUGACAUGGAUUACACUCUGGCAGUGUAUAAAUCUCCUGAGUACGAGUCGCUAGGCUUCGACCUGACGGUGGAGCGCCUGGUGAACAUUGGUUAUCCACAAGAGCUGCUCAACUUUGUCUACGACCCCUCCUUCCCCACCAGAGGUCUGCUGUUUGACACAACGUAUGGCAAUCUGCUUAAAGUGGAUGCAUAUGGGAACAUCCUGGUGUGUGUGCACGGAUUCAACUUCUUGAGGGGACCAGACAUCAGAGAGAUUUACCCAAACAAAUUCAUUCAGCGUGGAGACACUGACCGCUUCUACAUCCUUAACACACUCUUCAACCUACCUGAAACCUACCUCUUUGCCUGCCUGGUGGAUUUCUUCAGUAACUGCUCCAGAUACUCCAGUUGUGAGGCUGGCUUCAAAAAUGGUGACCUUUUCAUGUCCUACAAGAGCAUGUUCCAGGACGUGCGAGACGGUGUGGACUGGGUUCAUAUGAAGGGGUCUUUAAAAGAGAAAACCGUUGAAAACCUGGAGAAGUAUGUGGCCAAGGACCCCAAGCUUCCUCUGCUCCUCAGUCGCAUGAAUGAAGUAGCCAAAGUGUUUCUGGCCACCAACAGUGAUUACAAAUACACAGAGAAAAUUAUGACCUACCUUUUUGACUUUCCUCAUGGCCCAAAGCCAGGCACACCCCACCGGCCCUGGAAGUCCUACUUCGACAUGAUCCUGGUGGACGCCCGCAAGCCUGUGUUCUUUGGAGAGGGGACGGUGCUGCGGCAAGUGGACACUACCACAGGCCGGCUGAGGAUCGGCACAUACACAGGGCCCCUGCAGCAAGGGAUUGUUUACUCUGGAGAUUUUCAUUGCCAAAACUACGCUGUAGCUAGCUUGUGUUGUCCGUCAGGCAUCCUGGACAGCAGCAGCAACGAGAGGCCGGACAUCAGCUCCCUGCAGAGACGCAUUAAGAAAGUGACCCAUGACAUGGACAUGUGCUACGGCAUGAUGGGAAGUCUGUUCCGCAGUGGAUCCCGACAGACGCUGUUUGCCUCGCAGGUGAUGCGCUACGCUGACCUUUACGCCGCCUCCUUCAUCAACCUGCUAUACUACCCCUUCAGCUACCUGUUCAGGGCGGCCCACGUGCUGAUGCCCCAUGAGUCCACGGUGGAGCACACCCACGUCAGCGUCAUGGACACCGAGUCUCCGCUGGCAACACGCAACCGGCACGAUGUGGACCUCAGAGAUAUAGUGUGCAAACGGCACCAGCUGACUCGGUCCGUCAGUGAGAUCCAGCCCCCCCACUUCUUCCCUCAGCCCCCACAGGAGAUCACACACUGCCACGAUGAGGAUGAUGACGAGGAGGAGGAGGAGGAGGAGGAGGAGGAGGAGGAGGAGCAGUAGAGGGGGGUGAAGCAUGCCUCUGCAUAUGAGGCAUGACAUGGUCCCGUCUCUUCCCUGCAGCCUGCACCUGUCCACGGGGAGAGAAAGCUGUUAUUCUAGAUGCAUGUCUGUUAGGGUGAGAUGAAGGCGAAGCCAUGGUGACAUUAAAGUGAAAGUGUUCAGGAGUCCUGUAUACAUGCACACAUUGUGCUGUAAACGUCUCUAUGCUGCUUUCCCCUGCUCCACAGUGUUCUCUGUACAACAUGCUGACCCUAACGCUGCUGAGACUGCUACCUCAGGCAUUUUAGAGACCAUGUUCAGAAGAUAACUGAUGAUGCAUGUGUCCUCAUCUGAUGCACAGCAGGUGUUUGGAACAUGGACCUGGGAAAUGUAGGAACUUAUUAACAGCACAUCCAAGGGUGACUUUUGACUUGAAGGGUUGUCAUUUGGUUAUUUGGCACAGCACAUGGAUCACAAACGGUUCCUCUCCAUAAGAGUUGUGUGUGCAGCAGAAGGUUUUUAAAAGUGUGUUUUUAAAGGUGAGGUGGAUGGGAGGCUGCUAACACGGUAUCACUAACAUGGCAGCGGCUUAGAGAAACUCCCCCUACUUAUUUCUGCCAUAUCCACCAGAAUGUAAAUGAAGUCUGUCUGUAUUACGUGUUUCUUUUAAAGGGUAGUGCAGAUAUUACACCCUGCUUUAUUUAUCUCACAUAGUUGGAAUGAGAAUGAAUGUUAAAGUAUAUUUUGAACAUCUGAAAUGAGAGGUAUGAAAGCUUUUCAGAUAACAAAACUAAUUGCAUUUUGACAACCUCAUAAAUGAUUGAGAACGGUUCAAAUUUAUAUUAAGACAAAAUAUAUGAGUUCGUUAUGAUAUAAGUCUAAAUUGUGUUCUUCAGAGCUAUGAGUCAAACAUAGAGUUACUGUGAUAUUUAGGUUAGCCUGCUGCUUUCAACUGUUACUGUAGUGUGAGAACCACACACACUGUGUACAUGAUGACAGUGGUGUAUUUCAGUGGGGUGUAUGGUCAUGUGUUACUGCCUUUGCUUUAGAGGAGCUGUGAUGUGAAGUCCUCUCUGCUGCAGUAUUGAUCUUGGACGGUUAGGAGCUGCUGCUGAACACUGAUGUGCAUUCUAUCUGCUUGGGCCGCAUAUUUCUUUAUUUGUAUUUGUAUGUCCUGCUGAAAGCUGAUUGUUAAACAUGUCCAGCCCCGCUGCAGCUUGUAAUGUUAUUCCUGCUAUUUGAGUAUGGGAGCAAUAGCAGACUGUUGAAACUCAAAGGUUUAUUUUUCUCUAUUCUGUUUGCUGUCAGCUUUGAUAAUCACACAUACUGUGUAAAGUGAACCAAAUGAAUGUUGUUGUUUUUUUCCCAGCCAUAUUUAAUGCAUGCUGCAUUUAUUCAGUUUAUUUGAAUUUAUGUUGUGAAGAUGAAGACUGUUGAAGGCAGCGAUGCUGCAGUUCAGAUGCUGUAAGUGAGUCUGUUUUUAAUAAAGGUUCUCAACUGAUA